UAUGCGUUUCGUGCAUGACAUCAUCAUUUUUUGUUUGCAUUUGUCUUUCUCUGUGGGCUAUGUCUGAACUAUGUGCAGCUGAUAUGCGGGACACAAAAUAAUCCCUCAACUAAAUAAACACAAUCAUACAAGAUUUUCUGGUUCUCAGACAGGCUUUACCUGCAGGUAAGCAAAUAUCACCUGUAAAGGUGCACAUACAGCGGUAAUAAUUUGAGAAACAUAUAUCUGACAAGCAUCAGGAGUACGGGCUGUUUUUCAUACCAACAUACGGUGCGUCACUGAAACUAGGUGUGUCUGGUAGAUGUAGAUCAACUACAUUCAAACACAUCAUAGCAUGAAGCUCAACAGGAUCUCAAGCAAAAUGUUUUGAAUAGGCAAGGCACCCUGUUUAACAUGUGAUUUCAACUUCUCUCGAGAUCUGGAGCAGUGAUAUCAAAAGCAGACAGGCUAAAUGAGUUUCGUCUGAGUGUGGCGACUCAGUUUGUUUUAUUUGAUAAGAUGAAUGACUGCCAAUUGGACUUGUAGGUCGACAGGUGAUACAGGUAUUCUGACGAGGAAAGUGUUUCCUUAUGUGUCCGUAUUAAAUCCUGGAUUGCUUUUAAGGUUUUGAAUACUGGGAUUAACCGUGGAAACAUGGAUGUUUUUAUACUAAGUCUAUUUCUACUAACCAUCGGAGGGGCGUCUGCUCAGAUGCUAAUAGAACCACAAAACACGGUCGUUCUCAAAGGAUCACAGGCCAGAUUCAACUGCAGCAUAAAUCAAGCUCAGACCGGCAUGACGUGGUUAAUCAACGGACGCUUGGUUGUCACUAUACAGCAAACAAAUGUGCAGAUCAGCGAUUCACGCUUUGCUGUUACAAACCUCACUUCACCUGGAAGUUACAAGUGGGAGUUUAUCAUUAACAAUGUUGUGAGAGGAGACACCGGUCAAGUUACCUGUCAGAUUCUGGGUGAGGUAGCUCAGGUGUCUACUCUGUCUGUACAAGAACGUGGCAGUGUGGCGAUUAUAGGUGGAAAUCAGACAGCAACUGAAGGAGUUCAGACGACAUUUCAGUGCCAAGCUGUGGGCUGGUAUCCUGAACCCACGGUGUCCUGGUCUGUAAACGGCGUAGGGGUGAACACCUGUAACAACACCUCUGUAGCACAAGGCAAUGUGUUUAACAACAACUGUACGCUGUCGGUCACAGCUGCCAAAAAUUCUUCUGUACAGUGCCUGGCCAAAGUGUCUGCCAUGAGUACACCAGACAGCAACACUGUGUUUCUCACUGUUGUACCUAAGCCCAACCUCAGAGAUCAGACCAUUCUUAUCGCAGUUACUGUGGCUUUCAGUGCAGCAGCGCUCUUAUUUCUUCUCAUCGUAUUAAUCAUCAUCUGCUGUAGGAGGAAGAAAGAAAAAUCAAGUUACGAAGAGGAAGUCAGAAGGGCUCAAUUGCAGGCACAGCACAGGUCACGUGCCAGAGGAGAUGGGCAUGGACGUGACAACCGAGGUUAUGCUAGAGAUGGACAUUACGGAGAUAAUCACAACGGUGGAGUCUGGCAUACCAACCAGUCCAACAAACAUCAGAGGGCCUAUCCGAUGGAUGACUACAGCGGUACCAGAAACAACCGACACCUGACCAUGGUUUAGAGACUAAAUCUGUAACUUUUAUUUCGGAUUUCUCGGCCAGCACCGCAGGUGCUCUGGAUAACAUCACCUGUCUCGUACAUGAACUAAUAAAUGAAGGUCUACAUACAGAAGACCGAGAGCUCAGGGACUUUAAGCACUGAAGUAUGAUCAUACACGAUGAUCUGUUUUACCUGCACAAGAAUUUUUUUUUAAUGUGUUUUAUUGAGCACGAAGCAUACAUCAAAUGAAACAAUGAUUGAAAGCAAUAAGACAGUGCUCACAUGCACAAGACAUUUUAUUGGAAGUGAUGCAUUGAGCUCCAAAAUUUCGGAGGUUACAGAAUUUUUUUGUAUCAUGUCGACCUAGAAAUGAAUAGAACGUUUUUAUGUUUAACAAACCUUUAAGCAAAGAAAAGUCCUGACAUAAAAUGCAUAAUUUAAUUUUUAGAUUUUUAGGUCACAUAUCAACAUAGUUAAUUUGUGACUUUUAGAAAAUGUCAGAUUUCUUUGCUUCCAUUGAAGCACAUACAAAAAGUCAUUCUGGGAUAACAUGGAUCAUCAGGUUUUGCACAAUAAGUCCAUGCCAGCUGAAGCAUAUGCUGUCAUUUAAAAGAAAAGAAAAAGUAUUAAGAAAUUUUGUACAUUUUUCUAUUUUUUUGUUAUAGGGAACAUGCAAUAUACAACAAAUGAUUUUUAUAAUGAUACAGACUAUUUUUAACUAUGUGUUUCAUCGUGAAUGAUAUUAUGAAGUUUUUUCGUCUUUUGGUUUUCGCUGACACGUUAGAUUAACAUGGUCAGAAUGAUGGUGGUUAAGGGUUUUCCCGGAGGUCAUCCAGAUCUCAUUUAGUUAAACAAACCUCCUGGUGCCGGGUCUGCAUUCUCAUAACUAUGCAUGAGAGUGUGUUAAUGUAUUCUCAUUCUGUUUUUUUGUACAUCCCUCUAUGGAUAUAAUACAUCAAAUGCUUGUAUUGCGACGGCAGGUUGUUUGGCUGUAACAAACAGUUUUUCUCCAGCAUCAAAAAAGCAUCAGCGUAUGGCACGAAACACCCCGUGAGAGUUUACGUCCUGUUUUUUUAUAGCCGCUUAAAAUUAAAUCACAGAUUAAUGUUGAGAAAUGUUUGGAGAGGAUCAUUUUAUGACAUAUCAUGCUUCGUAGAGCAUAAUGUGUCGAAACAAUAAAUCGAAUCCACUGAUCUUUAAUUCCCACUGGGUGACAACUGUUUAAAUUCAGCAAUGACAUUAUUUCUAAAGUGCUGAGGCUGCGUGUUGUUAAUCUAUAAAUCGUUCACUUAAUCAAUAAGAUUCAAUUCGCAUUACACUUACAAAUACAGUCUUCGCUCAUCUGCACUUUACCCACGUUUUAAUAGCACUUAAAUAAAAAAGGCACAUAUAGGCACAUAUAGUUUCCCCUAGACAAUUCCAUUUUGUAAAAUGUAAUUAAUUUAAAUGAACUUAAAUGAUGCUUGAAUUAACCAAUUAUAAGACAAGUUGUUCUGUAAGCAGCGUUGGUUGUGUAUGAAAGCUUAUUAUGGGCAUUUUUCAAACUAAACUUUAAUUAAGAUGCAAUUAAUGUGAAAUGGACUACAUAUUAAUGUUUGACCAUAUAUUCUAACGUAUUCAGUAAUAAAUAUAUUUUUUGUAC